AUGCUGCGAAGACCAUGCAAGUUGCAUCUCCGCGCCCGGAUGUUAUUCGGGCGCCCUUUGCAUUUCUUGGGACACUGGCCUUCUGCUGAGGACUUCCUCUUCUAUAGUAUCAGCCCCGGGAGCACGUACUCCGUCAUCUUCAUCAUCAUUAUCUUCUGCAUACGGACCGCGCUGGGCAUGGCCUUGGACACGACCUUCCAGGCGAUGGGGGGUGAGGUCUUUCCAACCUCGGGCAGAACCUCCGCUCAGGGCCUCCUGGUUCUGAUCGGCGGUCUUGGUGGUCCAUUGGGCCUCUUGACAGCCACGCGGCUUGGGGAUUUCCUCGGCGCAGAGCAGGCCACCAGGCUUAUGGCAUGCGGACAGCUCCUUACAGCCUUGAUUGUGGCGACCGGAUUCCCGGAGACUCACGGCAGAGAGCUCGAAGAAAUCAAUAGUUGA